UAUAACUGAACCAUUUUGCUGUACAGCAGAAAAUAACACAACAUUGUAAACUAACUAUACUUCAAUACAAUUUUUAAAAAGAAAAAGAAAAGCAGUGUAAAUGAUUGUUCCCCUGAAUCCACCUUUAUGGUUUGGGAGAGGACUGCAUUUUACUUUCACUAUAGGAAUGCAUUUCAUUGCUGUCUUGCAGUAUUUGGGUCCUUGGUCAGUACCACAUGGGAGCCAUCCCUGACAUUCAGAGUUUGACCAUUUACUAGACGCCCGAGUGACUCUGAUGCUGAUCUGGGUGACAAAGAAGACAUCCUGGCCUCCAGUAACCCCAGUGUGGCCCCCCCAUCCUAGUGGCAGGGGGUGGGGGCAGACGGAGCUGCAGGGAGAGACCCCCUGCCUCCCACUAUGAUGUCACAGAGGCAGCCUUCCGUGUCAGCCAGCCCCACCUACACAGGUGUCCUAGCCACAGGACAUCCUCUCCAGCCCACCUCACACCACCUGAACCCUCUGCUGGCAAGAGGGGCCCUGAUUCAUCUUCACACCAGAUACUCAUCCCACGCAACUGAUUAAGACAGAGCAGUGAGACACUGAAACCUCCUUGCCUCAGGAUUUCGAACGUGAAUGAGCAGUUCCUCUCAGCUGACUCAAAAUGUUCGUCUCACCCCGAAGAUGGAGCUCCCGAAGGGCUUCUCUGGCCAACGGACAUGCUUAUCUGCCGUCCUCAACGUGCUAUCACUCAGCCUCUCCACAACAUCCCUGCUCAGCAACUACUGGUUUGUGGGCACACAGAAGGUGCCCAAGCCCGUGUGCGGGAAAGGUCUGGCAGCCAGGUGCUUUGACCUGCCGGUGCCCUUGGAUGGAAGCAGCAGCAAUGCAUCAGCCCAGGAGGUGGUGCAAUACAGCUGGGAGACUGGGGAUGACCGCUUCACCUUCCAUGCCUUCUGGAGUGGCAUGUGGCUAUCCUGUGAGGAAAUCGUGGAAGAACCAGGGGAGAGGUGCCGAAGUUUCCUUGAACUCACACCACCAACCGAGAGAGGUGAGAAAGGACUACUGGAAUUUGCCACGUUGCAAGGCCCAUGUCACCCCACUCUCCGAUUUGGAGGGAAGCAGUUGAUGGAGAAGGCUUCCUUCCCCCAUCCUCCCUUGGGGCUUGUGGCAAAGAUCCUGUGGUUAUCGCUGGGAGCCCAGUUCGCCUACAUCGGACUUGAACUCAUCAGCUUCCUCCUGCUACUGACGGACUUGUUAUUCACAGAGAACCCUGGCUUCGGCCUCAAGUUGAGCGCCUUUGCCUCGGUUUCCUCUGUCUUGUCAGGCCUUCUGGGGAUGGUGGGCCAUAUGAUGUAUUCCCAAGUCUUCCAGGCAACGGCCAACUUGGGUCCAGAAGACUGGAGGCCCCAUGCUUGGAAUUAUGGCUGGGCCUUCUACACGGCCUGGGUUUCCUUCACCUGCUGCAUGGCAUCGGCUGUCACCACCUUCAACACAUACACCAGGCUGGUGCUGGAGUUCAAGUGCAAGCACAGCAAGAGCUUCAAAGGAACCCCGAGCUGCCUGCCCCACCAUCACCAGUGUUUCCUGCAGCAGCUGGCGUGCACAGCCCCCCCGGGGGGCCCUCUGACCAGCUACCCCCAGUACCACCACCAGCCCAUCCGCUCUGUCUCUGAAGGAGUUGACUUCUACUCCGAGCUACAAGACAAGGGUUUUCAACAAGGGACUGGCCAGGGGCUUACGGCAGAGGCGGCCGGGUCCUCUGUAGAGGAGGAAGAGUGUUAGGAGCAGAGGGUCUGGAGAGCAGGCUGAGGCCAACCUUACAUGUUGCUUAUUAUCAACAGGUGCUUAAGCCAGACGGUUUCUUGAGCAUGAUUUUCAGAAGUUGAGAAUGAGGGUAUUUAGGAGUUCCACUACUGCACAACAGCGUCAGGGGUGUCUUGGGAGCGCUGGGAUGCAGGUUCAAUCCCUGGCCCAGCACAGUGAGUUAAGGAUCCGGUAUUGCUGCAGCCGUGGCUUAGGUCACAAUGGCAGCUCAGAUCUGAUCCCUGGCCCGAGAACUCAAUAUGCCAUGGGGGGCUCCUCCGCUCCGCCCACGUCUGCUCCCUGCACCCACACAGCGGACACCCUAGACAUUAUGUGAAUUACAUAUACUCUCCUCGGCAACAGCAGACCAGUGUAUGCGGGAAGGCUCCUGCAGCACACAGGAACAGGCCACCCCUGAAGGAGGCCAUGCAGACAGGAUGAAGGUUCCCCAGGGGCAAACCCAAAGGAGGCCUCCCCAGGGACCAGGCUACAGCCUCCACUCGUCCCUGCAGCCCCGCCACUCACCCAUCCAGUCACCCUUUCCCCUUUCUCUUUUCCGUGAGGGAAAGAUAAACCAUUCUCGAUGGCUGAGGAAUGAGAAAGGCACACAGGUUUGCUCCUACACACAGGAUUUAUUUGUUCCGUAACAAUUCACAUUUUAAACAGCACUUCCUGACAGCAUCCUAAACGGCUCUUCUUUACCAUGAGCAGUAAGGACAGCCAUUCACAUCCCAGGGGGUGGGACCACCCGACCACAGCAGAUGGAGGAGAGGGGGAAGAGACCCGCUGGGGUGGGGGAGGAUGCUGUCUGGGGUUGCAGGUCUGUAAGGGGAGGAUAGAGGAGACAGCGGGAGAAGGAACAGCCCUGCAUUUGCAGAAGUCAGUGCUCUCUUUCUAAGGAGGGGUUGAUUGGCUUUGCAGGAACCCCAUGCGGGAGCGGGGCGGGGGGGGGGGGAAGAGCACUUCCUGUCUUAGACGGCUGGUGGGGGGGGGUCAAACAGCUGGUGGGGGAUCGCCUGCGAGAAGGAAGUUUAGAGCCGCACUGGGCAAGAGACCAGCACCCAUGCUGGUCAGGUGAUGCUUCCUCAGUCUCCAGCCACCAUUUACAUCCUUUGUCCUGGUGGCAAGACGGAGAGCAAACCUGGAGCUUGUGUGCUGUGUUUAACAAGGGGAGGUUCAAACUUAUCAGAGGCAGAACAAUCUCUGUGCAGUUAGUUUGCAAACACACCACCAAGAGUUUAGGGGCAUUGUUUUUGCUAGCUUCUUAUGUAUUUCUGGCACUCACCCAGCAUAAAUACGGUUUUCUGUCCAAAACAAUCCCCCCAAACCAGUGUAAACAAGUUUGAACUGACACCUGCCUAGAGUGGCCGGCUUCCCUGAAAGCCUCCACGUGGUAGAGAACCGGGACGCCCAGCCCAGGCCAUGGGAUCACCACUCAAGCUUUAGGUAUUCAACUGAUUAUGAAUUAGUCUUUAGAAUUCUCUAUUAGACCAAACUAGAUCCUAGCCCCUUCUACCCAGGCAGGUUCAAACCCUACAAGCAAAUUUGGAAUCAAUCCCAUACUUUUUUUUUUUUCUGCUUUUUAGGGCCACACCUGCAGCAUAUGGAAAUCCCUGGGUAGGGUUUGAAUAGGAGCUACAGGUGCUGGCCAACACCACAGCCACAGCAAUGGGGGAUUUGGGCCACAUCUGCAACCUAUACCACAGCUCACAGCAAAGCCGGAUCCUUAACCCACUGAGCAGAGCCAGGGAUCAAACCCGCAUCCUUAUGGAUACUAGUUGGGUUCAUUACUGCUGAGCCACAACGGGAACUUCUCAACCCCAUACUCUCGAAUGUCUUCUAACUGUUCCCCUAAGUUCCCAAUAAGCUGGACCCACGCAUGCCUUCCAAAGUGUCAAAACCAAAUUUGCUUCCAGGAGCUUAAGGCAAGGGGUGCCCAGACCUGGCAAGGCCAGUCGACAGGCCAGGCAACACGCUUGCUUGGAGCUCUGGCUACCGACCUUGUGUUUUGUCACAACGCUUACCCGUGGGUAAUUCACAUGCCUUUAAAUCUGGGAUCUGAGUUUUCUGUAACAUCUAAAUUUUCUGGAGCCUAUUAACACAAACUAAAAAGAUACAGGCUGAAGCAAAGAGAGAAGCUGGGUGCACUCGGACGAUCUACCAAACUUACUCGAGAAGGACAGCGGUUCUCCCCAGCUAAUGUGGGAUCUCUGCUUUCUCAAUAAUGACCUAGAAGUUUUAGGAAAGAGCAUGAUAAAGUAACAUAUUCACAUAGAAGAAGGGAGAAGUUAGCCCUGGAGAUAAUUCUAAAGAUCUUAACCAUUUAUAAAAGUUAUCAUUAUUUACACAUUUUCUCAAAAUACUCUGCUUCAAAGGCGCUAUGAGAAGGGAAGGUACAGGGCAGAAUGGCUGUGUGCUGGACUCGAGGAGCCAGAGUCCAGAAACAGCUUUGCUUUCAUGCAAGCAAAGCAAAAAGUAUCCCUGAAUAAGAGACAGCAAGAGGAGAGCCAGUAAGGAGGACGCCCAAUCAGAGAAGAUGCUAUGAACACAGAGGAGGGGUGAAGGGGAUGGGGCAGUCGCCUCAGUCAUUCCUGAUGUGAGUUUUCCCCGAAGUUGAGGGUGGCGUACACAUAAGCAUUUCUGAAGGUAUAGCUGUAAAAAACCACAUCAUACCCUGUGGACUCUUGUCAGAAGCAGGGCAGUUCAACUUCCUUUGUUCCCCUUCUGAUAAGAAUAGGGAUAUUCCUUUUUUUUUUUUUUUUUUUUGGCAUGCCUAGGGUCGCAGGCCAGGUAUUGAACCUAUGCCACAACAGUGACAACACUGGAUCCUGAACUGCAAAGCCACCAGGGAACUCCAGAAUAGGGAUGGUAGUCUUUUUUUUUUUUUUUUUUUUUUUUUGCUUUUUAGGGCCGAACCCACAGUAUAUGGAGAGGCCCAGGCUAGGGGUCCAAUCGGAGCUACAGUUGCCAGCCUAUGCCACAGCCACGGCAACAUCAGAUCCGAGCCGCAUCUGCGACCUACACCACAGCUCAGGGCAACACCAGAUCCUCAACCCACCGAGCAAGGCCAGGGAUUGAACCCACAACCUCAUGGUUCCUCAUGGUCGGAUUCGUUUCCACUGCGCCACGACGAGAACUCCUAGGAUAUUCUUAUGGCCCCUAAAUACAUAGAGAGCAGGUAAGAGGAGACAGGAGACACAGACAAGGAAGGGGUGAGGAUGCUGGGUGGCUCCCCGGUCCCCACCACGGACCUUCCUCACUGCUGCCAAGGUCGAGGUGCACAUGGGAGGAGACUAAGGGGAGAAGGGCUGAGGGGCCCUCCACAUCAGAGGUAGGCUGUCUGGGAGUCUCAGGAGGACCAAACCAACCAGAUGUGUUUCAGAUGGACAAGCUGAAGGACAGGCUUAUCUAGAAAAGAUUUCAUCACUAUACUAAACAAUACACACUCAUGACAAUGUCCAACAAUAUGGUCCAGGGAGGAACCUCACCAGAGUUUCCCAGAAAGGGUUUAUAAAUUAAAACUUACAAAAAAAAAAAAAA